AUGAGCUACAACCUUUUUCUCCUGGCUUUUGUCCUGGGCAUUACUGGAGCUUUUCACUAUGGAUUGCAGGUCUCCAUUAUCAAUUCUCCUGCUGAGUACAUCCAGAGUUUCAUCCGUGAGACCUGGCUGAAGAGAUAUGGCUCCUCUCCCAGUGCACAGAUGAUCACUUUGAUGUGGUCCUUUAUUGUGUCCAUUUACAGCAUCGGUGGGCUCCUGGGCUCCUCCUCUGCUGGCUACUUGUCUGUUAGAUUUGGAAGGAAGAAGGCCAUGAUGCUUGCCAACAUCCCUGCUCUGCUGGGCGCAGCUCUGAUGGGACUCAGCCGGCUGUGUGGAUCUUUUGAGAUGAUCAUUGCUGGAAGGUUAUUUUCUGGAGUCUGUGGAGGUUUAGCUCAGAAUGUCCAUAUCAUGUAUGCUGGGGAAUGUGCUCCAAGGAAGCUCCGUGGGCUGAUUGCCAUAACAGCUUCCACCUCCAUCGCUGCUGGAAAAUUUGUGGGAUUUGCUCUGGGUCUCAGAGAAGUUCUUGGAGUGGAGGCUCUCUGGCCAAUUCUCCUGACAGCCAAUGCAGUCCCUGUCCUUGUUCAGCUUCUCACCCUCCCCUUCUUCCCAGACUCUCCCCGCUACCUGCUCAUUGACCAAAAGGACAAGGAGGGAUGCAUCAAAGCUGUGAAGCAGCUCUGGGGAGAUGGGGACCAUGUGGCUGAAAUAGAUGACAUGAUGUCAGAGCAGAAAGCCAUCCGUGGGGAGAAGGCCAAGAGUGUUUGGGACCUGCUGAGGGACAGAGCAGUGCGCUGGCAGCUCAUCACUCUGUUCCUCGUCAUCUCGUGCAUGCAGCUCAUCGGGACCAAUGUGGUUUACUUUUAUGCAUACAGUAUCUUUACAAAGGCUGGAAUCCCCCCUGCUCAAAUCCAUUAUGUCUCCCUGGGGCUUGGGACCACUGAGAUCCUCUCCACAGUUCUGUGUGGCUUCCUCAUUGAGCGUGCAGGGAGGAGGACGCUGCUGUGGAAGAGCUACACGGUGAUGGCCUUGGCUCUAGGGCUCCUCACAGUCACCCUCUUCCUACAGGACUCCUUUUUCUGGGUACCAUACUGCUCUGUUGCACUUGUCUUUAUUUUCAUCAUGAGCUUUGGCAUUGGGCCAGGUGGAGUAGUAUGCCCCUUGAUCACGGAGAUAUUUAUUCAGUCAUACAGACCAGCUGCUUAUGUUUUUAAUGGUGUUACAAACUGGAUCCAACUCUUCAUCCUUGGACUUGUGUUCCCUUUCAUCGUGGAAGGUCUUGGUAAUUUCUCUUUCAUCAUUUUCCUGGCAUACUGCCUGUCCAUGGCAAUUUUUGUAUUCCUGGUGCUGCCAGAGACCAAAGGAAAGACCAUGCUGCAGGUCAUGGAGGAGUUCAACUGCCUGAACUACCGUGGAAAGAAGGGACAGGCAGCCCCACAGCAGAGUAACUGCUCGGUGGUGACUGUUACUAGGCUUUAA